UGCCGUCCUCUUGAAUUCUGUCAACGACCACUCUGAUAACCUACACUCUUUUUCCACAACAAUGAGCUCCCACGAUAACGAGGAACUUAUCGACUACGAGGACGAGCAUGACGUUAUCCCUAAUGGCGCAGUUCCAGCUACUUCUACCAACGGAGCAGCCGCGUCAGCAGUGGACGGCGAAGUUGAUAAAGACAAGAAAAACUUCUCCGGAAUACAUUCAACGGGCUUCAGGGAUUUCUUGUUGAAACCUGAACUUCUGAGAGCCAUUAGUGACUUGGGUUUUGAGCACCCCUCAGAAGGUAUACUUCAGCGACGUUCAAAAUGGUGUUCUAGCCUCACCAAACCCUUUUCAACAGUCCAACAAGAAUGCAUACCUCAGGCUGUUCUAGGAAUGGACGUCCUCUGCCAAGCAAAGUCAGGGCAUGGUAAGACAGCGGUCUUCGUGCUCGCGACUCUGCAACAGCUGGAGCCAGUCAAUGGCGAAGUUUCCGUCAUUGUCCUCUGCCAUACUCGCGAACUCGCUUUCCAGAUAAAAAAUGAGUACACGCGCUUUGCCAAAUAUAUGCCCGACGUACGGGUUGGCACGUUCUACGGCGGUACCCCCGUUCAAAAGGAUGCAGAGAUCCUUCGUGACAAGACACGGUGUCCCCACAUUGUCGUCGCCACUCCCGGACGACUCAAUGCCCUUACGAGAGAAAAAGUUUUGGAUGCGAAGAGCGUCAAGCACUUCACUUUGGACGAGUGCGAUAAAAUGUUGGAACAGCUUGACAUGCGUCGAGACGUGCAAGAAAUCUUCCGUGCAACACCUCACCACAAGCAGGUGAUGAUGUUCAGCGCCACGCUAGCAAAAGAAAUUAGGAUCACUUGCAAGAAAUUCAUGGCAAAUCCUUUGGAGAUCUUUGUUGAUGACGAGACGAAGUUGACGCUGCACGGAUUGCAACAACACUACGUGAAGCUCGACGAGAACUCGAAGAACCGAAAAUUGAACGAGCUACUAGAUGUCCUAGAGUUCAACCAAGUGGUCAUCUUCGUCAAAUCUGUCGCAAGAGCCGUCGAGCUUGAUAAGCUCCUAGUUUCAUGUAAUUUCCCUAGUAUCAGCAUUCACUCCGGUCUGGCUCAAGAGGAGCGUAUAAAUCGUUACACUGCGUUCAAGGCUUUCGAAAAGCGUAUCCUCGUCGCAACCGACAUUUUUGGCCGUGGCAUUGAUGUCGAACGGGUCAAUAUCGUGAUCAACUACGACUGCCCACCAGACGCCGACAGUUACCUCCACCGUGUCGGCCGUGCAGGUCGUUUCGGAACGAAAGGUCUCGCUAUCACGUUCCAAUCCAGUGAGGCAGAUCAGCAAGUCAUGUCUGCCAUCCAACAACGGUUUGAGGUCGCCGUGCCCGAACUUCCUGAUCACAUUGACCCCGCUAGUUACAUGACAUCGUAAUUUUAUUGCCGCUCAUCCUUUAUUGAUACUGUUGUUUUCUCAUGACCUCCUUCCAAACACUUCGAUUGUCUGAGCAUAUGUAUGUAAUGUUAUAUUAGUGGGUCGUCGAUUGCAUCAUUGUGCUUCUUGUUCUCCGUCAUCCAGUGCAAGUUCUAAGUACCUUAGGCGCCCCUCUCUCGGUGUAGAAUCGAGGUCUUCAACGAAGCAAUAUAGAAAUGCCUGGUAAGCAACGUUGAACGAUCACUGCAUACAAGUUAUAUUUCGGUUGGUGAUCAUCCCAUCCACUCUUAGAGGCAGUCGAGAACUGACCAUAACGACGCAACGUGAGUAAUGUUUCAGAAUCCAGUUUGAGGAUCGUGAUACGUCACUCGCGUCCCAUAGCACGGUACUU